GAACUCAGAAAACAACCCUAAAUUGAUUGUCUAUUUGGAAAUAUUUUCUGUUUAUCUGAAAUUAUGACUUAUUCUCUGAUCUUGUGGUGUAGGUGUAAUCUUGAACAAAUGCUGGCUCGUGGCUCACUGGAAUCCAAACCUAAUAAUCUAAGGUUCAGAGUUGAUAUAGUCAGGAGGAGGUCCUUUAUUAACACAUCCAACAUACACGUCAACAUGAGCUGCAGUUUUGCAUUUUAGUUAAUAUUAACCAACUGGUGUCAGCUUGUUGCUCAGUAUAGAAUAGGUACAGGGGAGUGUGUGACACUGAACUGUGUAUGACUCUCUGUUUCCGGCUUAUAACAUUGUUUAUCAGCUUAUCUUUGAACUCACAAGUUAUAAACUGGUUGUCUUUGAUGAAAGGCGGAGACACAGCUGAGCUCUAAUUGCAUUUUUAAAAGCUGUGACAUUUUUGAAAACCACUCCUGCUAGGGUAGCAAUAUGGAGCAAAUGGUGAAGAGUGAAGUCAUUCUCUCGGUUUACAUCGUUUCCUUCCUGAUAGGCCUGCCAACCAACCUCCUCGCUCUCUACGCCUUCAGUAUCAAAAUCCGCUCCAAGCCACUUCCAACAGACAUCCUGCUUCUUAAUCUGACUGUCUCUGAUCUUCUCUUCUUGAUCAUCCUUCCUCUCAAGAUGUAUGAGGCAGCGUCCGACAUGAAGUGGAAUCUGCCCAACUUCCUGUGCUCAAUCACCUCCUUCACCUUCUUCUCCACAAUCUACACCAGCUCCUUGUUGCUGAUGGCGGUCAGUGUGGUUCGCUACAUUGCCAUAUCUUACCCCAUCACCUAUCAUCAGCUGCACAAACCUGUGUAUGCAAUAGUGGUCAGUGCUGUUAUUUGGCUAAUAUCAGCAGCACACUGCAGCAUCACUUUCAUCACCCAGCACCACCCAUCCCUAUCCAGCAAAAACUCCAGUUUCUGCUAUGAGAACUUCACCAAGAAGCAGCUUGACAUCCUCCUCCCAGUACGUUUGGAGUUUUUCUUUGUGCUCUGCCUUAUACCUCUUCUAGUUUGUAUUUACUGCUACUUGCGCUGCAUAUUGAUCCUGUACAGCCGCCCAAGGAUACCCAUAAUGCAGAAGCAGAAGGCCACUGGCAUGGCCUUAGGGACUCUAGCCGUGUUUCUCAUUUGUGUGAUGCCAUACAAUGUCUCUCAUUUAGUCGGUUACUUCCAGGGUGAUAGCCCAAAAUGGAGGUACUACACCUUGUUGCUUAGCACCUUCAACACCUGUAUUGAUCCCAUCAUCUUCUACUUCGCCUCCUCCACCUUCCGCUGCACUAGUGAAAAGUCUAUUUUCAGGAAGCAUGUUUCAGGAUUACAGAUGCAGGCCACAAGUUCUGGCUAAGAGCAAGAUACACUUUCUGUGCUAUAUUUACAUAUCCAGCUUCAUUGUUAUUAUUUUUUUUAUAUUGCUGACAUUAUGCCUUAAUGUGUAAUACUAUACAGAUUUCUUUAACAGUUGUUGUAACUUGACCUGUGGCCGUAUUUAACAGUUAUUUAUGUAUUGUUUUUAUAAAGCAAUGUCUGAGACUGUUCUGCUUUCCACCCCGAACAAUGUAGACUGCUUUAUGACAAAACCAAAGCAGAGCAUGUUUUAUGCAUAUGCAAAAUUCCAAAUUUUAUUAUUUUACAGUAAGUUCUCUAUUUUUGAAUGGGACCUGUGAUCCUUUGCACCCUGGACACAGCAUUUCUGUUUUGUUUUUUUUUAACGUGGGCCAGCCACUCUUCUGCACUCAUGCAUUCUGUAGGCACACAUGUAGAAUAUACCUGCAAAACAAAACAUAAAUCAGUUAUAAAGUGGUAUGGGGUUUCAGUGGCAAGAGCUUUGUGAGUUUUCUGUUGUAUCUAAAGCUUAUUGAUGUGUGAGUUUGAAAAUAUAUAGAUGACAUUUUCACGAGUGCGUAACUGAGAGUGCACUAAUUCAUUACAAACUAUAGCAACUUAUUUACAAGAAUUAUUGUUAAUAAAAUUUCAGGAA